UCUUAUUUGUGGCAUCGUUCUUGCCUAUGGAUCUAGCCUGCCAGUGAUCAGGAAGCGCAGACGUUAAACGGAGUGAAUCAUGGACCAUCAUACGAUGUGAUAUGUCAACGGUGCCUAGUCUGAAGUUGCCUUAGUCCAGGACACAGCAGACCAGGAUGGCUCUAAUAGAGGGGGUGGGUGAUGAGGUCACCCUGCUCUUUGGAGUGGUGUUCCUGGUCCUCGUCCUGGUUCUGGCUUGGGCUUCCACUCACACUGUUGAACCCCCUGAACACCUCCUCUCACCCAGCCCAGGGACCUCCCCCUCCACAGAGACUGACAGCCAGGAGCCGCUCCCCUCGGGUAACACAGACUCGUCGCCCAGCGGUGUCAGGGAGAAUGAUAAGAGUGAACCUGGAACAGAAGCAGGAGCGGUGGGACAGUCCUCAGAUGAUAGUAGGGCUGGAGGAGGUGAGGGAGGCCUCAUGGAGGAAGCAGAAGUUGAGAGGGAUGGGUUGAGACAUCGAGAAUCAGCGGGUCCCUCGACUCAACCUCAAGCCAGCGCCCCAAGUGCCACACAGCCUUCGACCGAAGAAGCACCGAAUGACACCCAAAGGAACAUGGUGCUCCGGUUGAAGUUCUUGAAUGAUACAGAGAGAACAGCACAAGUGAAUCUUCAAGACACGAUUGGUUACAUUAAACGGACUUACUUUGCUGGACAGGAGCACCAGGUACGCCUGAUUUACCAGGGCCAGCUCCUUCAGGACGAUGCCCAGACGCUGGCCUCUCUCAACCUGGCUGACAACAGUGUUCUGCACUGCCACAUCUCGCAACAUGCCACACGCGCCCUGCCUGCUGGGGCACGGGCUGCUGACCAGGUGCAUGUGGCUCUCAACGUGGGGAGCCUCAUGGUGCCUCUGUUCGUGCUUAUGCUGUCUGUGCUCUGGUACUUCCAGAUCCAGUACCGGCAGUUCUUCACUGCACCUGCCACCGCCUCACUCGUGGGCAUCACCAUCUUCUUUAGUUUUGUUGCGUUUGGGGUAUACCGCCGUUGAUGGCUGUUUCUCUCCAGUUCUAUUCAUCAUAUACGAGUUUGCGCACAUACAGAUACUCAUUCUUUGCACUUGCUCACUUACUAGUGGCAGUGGCAAUGUCAUCUGGGAUUUCUGGACUUCUCAGUUUUGCUGAAGGCUGUGAUUUCAGAGAAACAUCUCUGAGGUAGUCUCUUUUUUUUGUUGUUGUGGUUUUCGUUUGUUUUAUUUUUUUUGUUCAUCACUUUUGCCAUUUUUCAUCUGCAAGUUUAUGCUUGUCAUAGAUAGGAAUAUGCUAUAUAUUUUAUUUUAUUUUUAAAGAAAGCUAGAGAUGUUAUUGUGCCUGUCCUCUUUUUCUUUUCUUCUUUUCUUUUUCUUUUCACAUACAUGCUGCCAGUGUAACACUGGGGCUUGCUUGUAAGAGCGUGUAUGAAAUGAUGGUGUUCGAGUUUCAAGCUGAGGCUUGUCUGGCUGUCUGCCGGACUCAAACUGUAGUAAUGCAGGUCAGUAGAGCUGCUCUUGUAUGUUUGAACAAUUCAGAUAAUUUGUGUACAAUAAGGCUUUUGAAAUGGAGAUAUAAUCUAUUAAAUCAUUCUUUUAUUUA